CCGUCAAAGGCGGUGGCGUCCUGAGCAUGCGCCCCGUGAGCAUACAGCUUGGGGAGCUGGAGCUCGACGCUGAGGACCAGGCCAUCCUGCAGAGCGGUAUCCUCUUGCGGGAGCUGCAGAAGAUGAGGGUGCUAAUCCAUAAGUUCAGGGAGCUUGACGUGUGUUGGGCUGCUGAGGAUACGGAGAACAGCGGGGACGCGAGCGCGUUGCAGUAGUGCCGUCUGGCCAUGCCCAAGAUCUGCCAGGAGCUUGAAGCGCUCUGCAGAAUGGCCACGAGGAACUGUGAGGGCAAUGCGUAAACAAAGCCUAAGCAACAAGAGUCUCUAAGGGCUAAGCUUAUUGUAGUAGUGUUAUGAUCUUCUUUAUUCUGUAUACAGCUAUUGCUUAGAACUUGUAUAUGCACCCUCUUUGUAAUGGAAAUAUGGCUGCUGUGUGGUGAGGAAAUAGGGAUAUAUUAACAUGAAUUUUUG